GGCGAGACAUGUUCCGAUCUGCAUCAAUGAGGAGGUCUCCCCAUCCACAAGAAAUCAACGACGAUCCUCCAAACGAACCCCACGCGUCACCCCGUGCACGAAACGCCGCCGACCCAUUUUAUAGAAACAGCCUAUCAGGUGAUGCCGAGGUACGUUUAGCCCUUUACAUAGCCAUGGCUCAUGCUGGUCUUGCCCUCACUCUGUGCAUUUUAUACGGGCUUUGCAAGCUCUUGCAAGAGUAUCUUAGGACAAUUCAAUGGGCAAUUUUGUGUUCAAUUCCUUUGAGAGGUAUUCAUGAAGCCCUUGUUGAAUUUUGGAGAGAACCUUUGGAAUUAGGCCUCACUGAAACUGUUCUUGCUGUUCCUAUUGCUGUUUUUAAGGCUUUUAUAGUUACCCUUGUUGAUAUUAAGGAUGUUUGUUUAAGGAUGUUUCUCAAAAGACCAAAAUCCAAGCUUUCAAGACGUAAUAAGAGCAUAUUUUCAAAGCUAAUGAAGUGGCUUGUCUCAUUUUCUGUUUUUCUAAUUGUCUAUGAGACAAUCGGCAGUGUUGGGUCAUUGUUAAUCAUCAUGUUGGGUUUGAAGAUUAGCAAUAAAAAUGUGGAUUCAACAAUGUCUGCUGUUUCAUCAUUUAGGAGCACUCGGUUCAGAAGAAGUGCAAUUAGUGCUUAUUUGACAAAUGGGAUAUUGAAAAGGUUGGAUUCCAUUGUGGCAAUUGGACUGAUAAUCGGUAUGAUUGUGGGGUUUAUUGCUGGAGCUACAUUUUUCUCGUAUAAGAUCGGUGUUGAAGGAAAAGAUACUGUGAUUGCGGUGAAAUCUCGGUUGCGAAAGAGUAACUAUGCCGAGAAAAUCGGUCUUAAACAAUGGAUAGAAGAGAAUGAUGUCCCUGAAAUGGUGGAUAAGUACUCUACACAGUUUUAUCAAACAGUUUCUGAGCAGAUUGAUAGUUUGGCAAUGCAGUAUAAUAUGACUGAAUUUGUGACUGGAAUCAAGCAUUUUGUGAUUACAUCAAUGGAUGAUAGUUCAUCGGAGCAAUCAACGGUUCUGAUGAACCCUUCUCCUUUCACUGAGAUGGUUUUGAGGUUGAGGGAGAGGCUUAGAAACGGUGAAUGGGGAGAAAUUUACACAGAGGUUGAUCUGAUUUUCCGAGAACUGAUAAUCACAAGGUUGGAUUUGAUUGAGAAGGCUAAAGGGUUUGCUGUUAAAGGUGCAAAUGUUUCACAAAGGGUGUUUACAAGUGGCGCAAAGAUCAUAUUUACCAUUGCCAAUUCCAUUAUCACUGGAGCUGCUGAGGUCUUGAACUUUCUAUCUCAGUUAAUAGUGUUCUUUUGGGUUCUUUAUUACCUCACCACGUCAGAAUCCGGUGGGGUCACAGAACAGGUCAUGGCUAUGAUACCGAUAUCGGAAUCGGUUCGUACUCGAUGUGUUGAAGUUCUUGACCAUGCUGUUUCUGGUGUGUUCUUGGCUACGGCUCAGAUUGCAUUCUUUCAAGGAUGUAUCACAUGGCUUCUAUUCAGACUGUUUGAUAUACAUUUUGUAUAUAUGUCAACAAUGCUUGCUCUCGUUAGCCCUUUGUUGCCGAUAUUUCCAUCGUGGUUCGCGACGAUUCCGGCAGCUGUGGAACUACUGCUGGAUGGUAGAUACAUAGUGGCUAUGACAUUGUCCACGAUUCACAUUUUGAUGAUGGAUUAUGGUGCUUCUGAAAUUCAAGAGAAUAUGCCUGGUUACAGUGUAACUCUUACAGCGCUUAGCAUCAUUGGUGGAAUGACAUUGUUCCCUUCAGCACUUGAGGGAGCAAUCAUGGGGCCAUUGAUCACCACUGUUGUGAUUGCUUUAAAGGAUCUCUAUGCUGAAUUUGUUCUUGAAGAAGCGAAGAAAGAAGAGUAGAAGACAGGGUCAUUAUCUCUGCUGCAUUAUCCUGCAUCAUUAUU